AUGGUUAAUCAAGUUGACCUAGAAGAGGAGCUAAGCACUACUUGGCACGCGUUUUAUGUUAAGCGCCUGCUUGACAGCUCCAUCCGUGAUAGCAACGAGAUUCAACUUGCAAGAUUAGAGUUGGAAGACAAAUUCUCCAACAUUUUCUCAGGUGCAGAUGAUGAAGACUUCUGCGACCAGACCGACGACAAUUUAAAUGAAGAUACGAUGGAGAUGAGGAUUAACCAACAAUCCAUAGGAGAUUCCUCCAUCUACCUCUCCCCUAAAUCAGGAGAAUUCAGUCACGACGAAUCCACUGAAGGUGAAGUUUCUCCGGACAGCAACCCCACACAAGAAGAAAUACUUGUGGACCAGAACCCCUCUUCACUGAUGCGCUCAACCCCACCGACUCUCAAGCAAAUGAUACCUGAGAAAUUUCACCAAUUUCUUGACAUAUUUCAAGAAUCAACUGCAAAAUUUGAACCGAAGAUAGGCAAAGUCUAUAAGCUGUCUCCAGAAGAGACGCAGCUUACCACCGACUUUAUUAAAGAGCACGAAGCUAAAGGCUAUAUCCAACCCUCGAAGUCACCACAAGCUUCAUCCUUUUUCUUUGUUGCUAAAACCGACAGCAAGAAACGUCCUUGCCAGGACUAUCGAUGGUUAAACAACUGGACCAUCAAGAAUGCCUACCCUCUCCCAAACACACUUGUCAUUAUGGAUAAAAAAGGCCAUGAAUGGAAAGCCACUUUCAUUACUCCAUUUGGUCUAUAUGAACCUACUGUCAUGUUCUUUGGGCUUUGCAAUUCGCCUGCAACUUUCCAAGCCAUGAUGGAUUCCAUCUUUGCAGUGGAACUGCAAGAAGGAUGGCUAGUCAUCUAUAUGGACGAUAUCCUGAUCUUUUCUGACAAUCUCGACUCUCUUGAUGCUUACACCAUUCGCAUCCUCAAUAAGCUUCAGAAGAAUGAUUUGUUCCUCAAGCCAGAGAAAUGUUCAUUCGCUCAGAUGAGCAUUGAAUAUCUUGGACACAUCAUUUCUAGAGGAGUUUUCAAGAUGUUGAAAAAGAAGAUUCGGGCUGUCCUAGAUUGGCCAAUACCAACAACACUUAAGCAAGUCUGA